AUGGCGACGGAGAGCCUGUUCAGCCAGUUGGUGCCCGUGCAAGUGAAGGGUCAGGGCUGCGAGGAGAGACGAAUAAACGUUCGUGUGAGUAUUGAACUACAAUCAACAACAAAUCCCAUUCAUAGAAAGGAUUUAGUUGUUCGGCUAACUGAGGAUUCUGAUCCCUUUUUCCUGUAUAAUCUUGUUAUUUCUGAGGAAGAUUUUCAAAGCUUAAAACUACAGCAGAGUCUUCUGGUAGAUUUUUCUGCUUUUCCUCAGAGAUUUAUAGAUCUUCUUCGACACUGUAUCCAAGAACAAAAUAAAGAUAUCCCAAGGUUUUUGCUACAACUGGUUCCAUCAGGAUCUAAUUUAGAUUACUGUCCUUCUUUGUUAAAUGUGGUUGAGACAAACCCAUUUAAACAUCUCACCCACUUAUCACUAAAAUUCUUACCAGGAAAUGAUGCAGAAGUCAAGAAGUUCUUGGCAACCUGUCUGAAAUGUGUUAAGCAAGAAAAGUUGCUGCUGGAACAAAAACUGAGCAAAACGGAAGAGGACCUUACAAGACAGCUGACUUAUACCCAGCAGAGCUUGUCAGAGAAGAGCAGGGAAUUGGACAAGUUAAGAAAUGAAUGGACAUCCAAAAUAGCAGCUCUAACCAACAAACAUACUCAGGAACUGACAAAUGAGAAGGAGAAAACUCUGCAGGCACAAGCACAAUAUCAACAACAGAAUGAGCAGCAGAAAAGAGAGCUGGAAAGCUUGCACCAGAAAACUGUCCAACAGCUGCAGAAUAGGCUGAAGGAAUUAGAAGUUGCCAACAAGGAUCUAAUGGAAAGGAGAUAUAAAGGCGAUUCUACCGUUAGAGAACUUAAAUCGAAGCUGUCUGGCAUUGAAGAUGAAUGUCAGAGAACAAAGCAAGAAGUCAUUUCACUGCGUCGAGAGAAUACUACCCUAGAUGCUGAAUGUCAUGAAAAGGAAAAACAAAUUAAUCAGCUGCAGACGCGAGUUGCUGUUUUAGAACAGGAGAUCAAAGACAAAGAACAGCUAGUUACAAGGACAAAAGAAGUAUUGGCUGCAACACAAGAGCAAAAGGCAAACCUGGAAGAAAAUACAGAAAAGAAACAAAUUCAGAUAGGAAAACUAGAGGCAACAUUGAAGUCAUUAUCAACUGAACUCCUUAAGGCUAAUGAAAUAAUAAAGAAAUUGCAAGGAGAUGUAAAAACUCUAAUGAGUAAAUUGAAACUGAAAAAUACAGUAACAAUUCAGCAAGAAAAACUCUUGGCUGAAAAGGAAGAAAAACUGCAGAAAGAGCAAAAGGAACUACAGGAGGCAGAAUGUUCGCUUCGAGAAAAAGAACAAGAGGUUUGCAAACUGCAAGAACAAUUAGAAACUACGGUGCAGAAGCUAGAAGAGAGCAAACAUCUUCUCAAAACUAAUGAAAACGUUAUCACAUGGCUAAACAAGCAACUGAAUGAAAUUCAGAUGACCAAGAAGCAGGAAGUCUUAGCAUCAUCUACUUCUCCUAGCAAUACCACUUCAAGAACUGGUAGUUCACCUCACAGUAUGGUUGAUAGCAGGAUCCCAUUUUUAAGCUCAGGACUGGGCUAUCUUUCUCCCUUGCUAGCUUUUCAAAACUUACCAGAUGCAGCGUCUGUCAAAAGCACCAACCAGCAAGCAUCAGGAGCAAAGGUUCAGUUCAAUAUGCAUCUUUCAGAAACCAACAGAUGUUCAGAUACACAACCAGGAAUUCCAGUGUUGAUGAGUCAUCCAACAAAUAAAGAAAAUGGUGAAAACUUGGGAUUGGAAGCAAAAUAUCUGAAAAAAAGGGAAGACAGCAUACCUUUACGAGGACUGAGCCAAAACACAUCUCACAACACAGGGCAUCAGAAAACUGUACUGAAAAACACACAGAUACCAUCCAAACCUCCAGCAUCUUCAAGACCCUCUGCUUACUUUCCUGGAUAGCAGAUAAAAUAUCAUAAAAUAUUUAUCAACAGUUGAGAAUUUUUGAUGAUCAUUGUUUUAAAUACAUUAAUUUCCCCCUUAAAGUAUCAGCAAGAAAUUGUUCAGUAAACAAAUACCUGUGAGAUUUAUGGACACAGUCUAAUGUGAAAAGCUAGCAUUUCUCUGGCCUGUUUAAAGUUUAAACUAUAUUUUAUGUGAAUAAUAGACAUGUCCUAACACUGACUUCAAACAUCCAGACUAAAAUUGGUUAUUGAGCCAUCCAUGUACUAUAUAUAAUGGGACUUGCUUUGGAUAGCCAUGAUCAAAGGUGCACUGGCAAGCCAGAAAGGCUUGCUUUUUUCCCUUCUAGGUUCAUUUACCUUUGUGCCAGAAGCUUCUUCUGGAACAUGGCAAAGAAUGCAUCUGAGAAGGCUUAUGGAGCCUGUCAAAGUUAAAGUGCAUUUCAGUUUAAAUAAGUAUACCAAGGACGAGUUUCUACAUUCAUUUUAGAAACCUUUGCAAUAUUUGUGGCAUUAGAAAUUUUGUAAUAGCACUACUACAUGGCCAAAUUAAAUCUGAAACUUAAAUGUCUGAAAUUUGCUGUUUGUCAGAUCCCAACAACAAACCUAUUCUGAACAUUUUAAAUUUUAUGGAUAGAAAAACCUUAAAUGAACAUAUAAAACAGCUUUGACAAGUUCCUUUUGCAACCUUCUGGAUUUAUUUAACCAAAAUAUAAUUUUGUAGUGAGUCCCACUAAUUUCAGUGGAACUGUUAGGCAGCGUGGUUUAGGAUUGCAAUGUUGGCCUACAAAUCCACCAUGAAUUCCAAUGCUAGUGGGUAUGAUAUCUGAUAUCAAUAAACAAGGACAGCUAGUUCUCUCCAGGGCUUAGGAGGGUUACUUAAGCAUUGCUGAGUUUGGGCUUAAGAACGUCAAAAGUAAAGCAUUCCAAACAGUACAUGCCAGGAUUUUCUAACCUGUUUACAGCUACUGUUUUCGAAUUUAUAUUUCUGUUCAACUUUUAUAGCACAAUAUAUUAGUUUUCUUUAGCAUGCAAUUUUGAAAUCAUAUUGAAAAUGAAAUACUUGUUCUGUCGGGAAACCGGUCUGUGGUGUAAUAUUGAGGUAUGUUAGGAUUCUUAUCUUUUGACUCAAAACAGAAUAAUGUGACAUUUGCUGCUAUUGUCGUUUUUAACUCUAGAAAGCCUGUUUUCUUAAAGCUGUAAAAUGUAUUGAUGUCAGUUUAGAAAUCAUGCCCACUAUAUAAAACUGGUGCAUAGUCCAUGAGGUACAAUGUUGGAUCCAGAAUUCUGCUUGUGUUGAAGAUAGGAGUCGUUCAGCAGUCCUUGCAAAGCUCCUCCUGAAGGUGGGCCCCUCCAAAAUAGCAUGGGAGAUGGCACAGGGGUGGAGGAAUUGUAAAAGAGGGACCUUGUCCAUUCCUUGAGCAAGAAGCCUCUCCUGGAUUCCAGUGCCCUCUGUGAAUGGAAGGAGCCCUUCUAUCCAGAGAGGGGAGAAACUGGCUCUAACCCAUUGACAUGUGAAUAUUAAUCAGCCAAUUUUAUUUAAAUCAAUGGGAAUGACUUAAAUUCUCCCCUUGAAAUAGUUUCAAAAUAUCCAAUGGUGUUCUUACAUAAUUCCUGUUCACUUAAGUGGGACUUCACUGCAUUCAUGAACUGUUCAAAUUUUAUUCCAGACAGAACUGGGGUACCUUAAGAUUUUGUCAAGCAUAUAUUUUGAUGUUUCUCUCUUGCCUGUAACACUGUGUGGCUUAAAAGUUGAAAUGAAAUUUCUUUAGCUGUUUGGAUACAAAUAAGAUUCAAGUAUUUUAAAAGGAGUCAGUGGGUUGUACUAGAAGCUUAACUUUGAGUUAUGUGUGACUUGCUUUUUGGCACAUGAAUGAAAAGCUGUGAUACUGUGUAUUAUUGCAAGUGUGUAAAUACAAUGAAAUAAUUUGAAUAUGUAUAUCUGAAUCAGUCUUUGCAGUGUAAAAUUUGUACAUUUGUCUAUAAUCGGAAUGCAGUGUUUUUAUGUAUCUAAAUGCUUGUUUCAGUACAUUUUCAAAUAAAACU